AUGUUUUGUAUUAACUCAGGUUUUAGUUUUGCUAUUGUGUAGACAGUGUGCGGUUGUUCCAGAUGCGGCUAGCUUUCUGCACGUUUUGUUUGUUGGCGACGGUGGCGCUAUCUGUGUGUCGUCCGUACGACCCAGAAGACGACGGCUUGAAGGAUGUGCUGCCCUCUGACGGGCAGUUCGAGGCGUUUUACCCGCGUGAAGCGCACGGCAUACCGAACGGUUCGUCGCGACCUGCGCAUGGGCACGGUAGUUUCUACAAGCACCGCAACCCGGCGCUAGUUGACGUCAAAAACGCAGCCGCGUAUGGUUACCGGUUUGACGGCAUGAGGAGAUUCAAUUUUGACGAUGAGUGAACAGUUAUGUAUGUAUAGUUUAUGCUAAUGUUGACUACAUAAAUGUAUAAACCUCUUGUCUUUGAAUAUAAAAGUUUUGUAAUGAA